UGACAGGUUCCAACAAAAAGCAGCAAAAACAAACACCUGAUUGAAUUGUUUCAAUGUGUCGCCGUCGACGACGGAGUACGAGGGGGGAGAUAAACAUCGGACUUUUCUCCACGGGCCGUGGCCAACCAUCGUCACCCUUCCAGCACCAAUAGAUCCCAAUAGAUUUCGCCUCGAUCCGAACACGCAGAAGUGUUGGUACUUCGCGGUAGAAAUAUUGCACCAGCGUCCUAUCCUUCCACUUCCCAGCACGGCCCUUUUCUGGUCAAGAUCUCUCGUGAACCUCUCUGCCCCCCUCCGUCCGUGCAGAUGUGUUUCUUCCGCAAGCCAUGAGUUCGUUACAAUGUCGUGUGGCGGUGUGGCGUAGUGCAAAAAUAGAAAACAUUUGCAGGCUCUGUUUGUCCGGCGAUGACACUUUGGAGUCUAUUUUUGGUGAUAGUGGAAGCGAUGCGCUUCAGACGAUAAUCUACGACUGUACAUCGAUUAGGAUACAACCAAAGCUGGGGCUUCCGUCAUCGAUCUGUAGUGCGUGCAGGUCGAAGGUAGAAAACUUUCACGAGUUUCGUGAACGGUGCCUGCACAACGAUGAGUACCUCCGCACGACGCUAGAGUUGGUCACGCCAAAGCAGGACCACGACGACGAGUACGAGGAGGACCAGGAUGACGAUGGCGAAGAGGAGGAGGAGGAGGAUGUGGAUAUUAAGCUGGAACCAGAGGUACUGCUGGACGAGCAAAGCGACGUCGAUCCGAAGGAGGACGAUGAGAAAGGUGGCGACAUGAUCGUCGAUAGGAACGAUAACAAAAUCGAGCGCGCAUCGCUGGGACUGUCGGAUGGGCUGAACGGUGGGCACGGUUUGGAUCGCCACGAGCCCGAACAGGAUGAGUGGGAUGAGGCCGGUUCUAAUGAUCUGGAUUCGAUCGGUAAUUCGUCGACGGAAUCGUUCAACUUUCCCUACCUUUCACCCGACCCGACGUACGGUUCGUUGCUGAAGUGUGAGUUCUGUUCGCUGGAAUUUUCCGUCCUAGAACAGUUGAAGCGGCACAUCACGAGCCACAAGGAGGAGCGAAUAUUUCAGUGCUACUACUGUCCCAAGACGUUCCACUUCGCGAAGAACCUUAACAUGCACGUCGAGUACAUCCACUCGAAGGCAAAGUACACCCCGUCGCAGGUGGCCAAAAUGAUCGCCCGGCAACAGAGUCUAGUCCAUAGCAGUAGCAGCAACAAUAGCACCGUGAGCCAGAGCACGAACGGCGGGCUAAGCCCGCUGUCACCCUUGCUGGACACGAGCGACUGUCUCAACAAUAACACCAUCCCGAGCAGCACUGGCAUUAUUGAUGCGGGUGCCGGCUUAAGCCUUAACAUUAACCUGAACGGAAACACGACCACGUCCAACGGCACGAACGGAACGUCCAUUUUGGGACGAAACUUGAAACCGAUCCGAUUGCCCGCACUCGGGUCGACAGUGGGGGAAGGACGGCGCGGCUCAUCCGUACCGUCGAUCGGAUCUUCCACUGGACAGCAGCAGCAGCAGCAGCAUGAGUGCCACGUGUGCCAUAAGAGCUAUAGCGAAUCGUCCGCGCUGCGGCAGCACAUGCUCGUCCAUACGGGCGAAAAGCCGUACAAAUGUGAUAUCUGCUCGAAAUCGUUCUACAACGCAAGCACGCUUAAAACGCACCAGCGCAUCCACAGCGACCACAAUCCGUACCGGUGCGGCACGUGCACGAAGAUGUUCGACAAUGCGCGCAGCCUCGAGCUGCACCAUCGCACGCACACGGGCGAAAAGCCGUACGCGUGCGAUGUGUGUUUGAAGAAGUUCUCAUGCUCGUCGAAUUUGAAGCGCCACCGGAAGCUGCAUGAUCGCGACUAAACGACGCAGUACAGUGCAGGAAGCACAAUCGAAAUAUCGAGAAAGGAAAGAGAGGUGAAACAUUUAAAAACGAAAUUUGAAUUUAAAACGACCAUACUUCUGUGGCCUGUGUGGGAAAUUGGAAGCAAAAAUCCGUACCAGACAGAGGCAGGAUACACACGGAUACACAGCAGCUUAGAUUUACGAGCUUAUUGUGGCAUUACCAUCUUCCGGUAGAUCGGCGCAGAUUGUAUAUAUAUAUCGAGUUUGCCUCGGGGUUCGUGGAUGUGUGCCCUGGGUGUGGUGGCUUCCGAGUGAGAGUGUGGCACAUUCUGAAUCUCAGCCUAAACGAAACAUUGACUGUGCAUUUAUAUACCCAACAGCAACGAGUACGAGCUGCUGCUUGUUUGUAGGCGGCAAACACUGCUAACACUAACGAAUGUGCGCCAAUGUGAAAGAUUUAAAACCUGUUAAACCCACAAACUGUUAACAUUUGUUUGUUGUGGAGAAGAUCAUUCGUAUCUAGGCCAGCUCCCGGAGACUAGCUCCGUCCCGCUGUGGCAAACGUGCGUUCUUCCAGCUUAAUGUAUAUAACCAACCGGAUCGCUGUUAUUCUUUUGGAGAGCAUAGCAAAAACAUCGUUUUUCAGCUAGGAAAAUGCCAAAAAGAAAAAUUACGACUACACAGUGCAAACCUUUAAAGCGAAAAUUUUGACCCAUCAAAACGAGGUAUAGAAGUUAAGGAAAAAUUGUUAGCAAAUUUAACCCACAAUCGUUAACGAACGAAAAAAAAAAAUCUUAAGAAACGCCGAGCUUAUCCUGAGCGCUGGAAAACACAUAACGAAACCGCCAAUGAAACCGUAUACUAACCGUGAUAAUAGUUCCUUUGCAGCCAAAAAGAAAAAAAGAAAAGAAAAAGCAAUGUUAAGAGAGAACAAGAGAGCGCAGGUGAAAACGAUCCGUUGAAAACGGGGAAAUAGUGGCCAAUUUGUAUUUUGAGCUUUAUGUUCGUUGUUUUGUGAUUAGGCUUACACAUUACUUUAUAGCUUUAUGUAUAAACGUGCUUCCUUUCGUUCCUUUGUUCCUAUUGUGUUGUUAUGCAUAAAGCCAUAAGACCAGCACACUGCUGCUGAUGAUGUACGCAGACGAGCGAUGCAUUUGCAACGGCCAUCAAUCGAGGCAAAGCAAGGUUGCUUUAGGAUCUGAGAAAACGUUUUUAAACAGUUAGAUUUAUAGUAAGUUAUUGUUCUAGUCAAUUUGCAACCCGUCGAUCGGUAGCUGGCAACGCUGUUGUCCACACAAUUUAAUGAAAACGUAAAGCACAGUGAGAGAGAGAGAGAGGGAGAGCCGUGUACUGUGUAACGUCGUACAUCGCAAGUGCAGCAUUUGGUAGGAUUCUGUUUUUAAUUUUUUACUUUAAUAGUGAAACAUUUUAAUUUCAUUGAUUGUGAUUACGUUGUUUUUAAUUUGUAUCUCCUUAACUACCCACGCUCGCCAGGCACGCCAGGUGCCGAUUAACCAGUAAGGCGCGCAGCGCAAGGCGCCAGUUGCGAUCUGUUUGCGCAGCGUACUACGCCAUUACGCCUCUUUAAUAAAACGAAAUCAAUGGAAUGAAACUGAA